UCAAAUUAUGUAUGCGCAAGGCGGUUUUUAUCCCGUUACCACAGUGUCAACUCCACCGUUAUGUACACUGAUUCCAGCAAGUGAAGGGUUUCAAAAUUCAUGGCAUCAGUUUAAUUACCAGACAUCACCUCGACCCUUCAUAUCCUAUCAAUUGCGAACUCGAGAUAUGGUAGAACAGUCUACUAAAUCGGUGAAAAAGAGAUUCGACGAACAACCUCUGGACCUAACUUUGUCCAGAGAGGAAUCGUUCAUGGAUACGACGCUCGCAUCAUCCCAGGCUGAAAAUAUUAUUAAAAAUACCGUUCAAAGUAUUUUACCACGUCACUCCUUGCCAAUCAAGAAACGUUAUCGCGACUACUGUAUAGAAGAAGAAUCCAAAGAAAAUAUUAGUGUGGAAGGUAAGUCAGUUGUUUGAUAUAGGUUAAAUAAUAAUAAAACAAAGUUCUGUAAAUAAAUGAA